AUUUGCAUGCCAUUGCUCUUAUGACCAAGACACUUCAACUUUCACACAUAUCGAGCUUUGAUUCUCAUAAACAUCAGUGAGAGAUGGCCAGGAAGUUGCUGAAGGUUCCAUCCCUUAAGAGAAUGAUCUCUUCACCAAGAGCCAAUAAACUCUCUGAUUUCAAUGAAUGCAGUACAUCAUCUGUUGCUGAGAAGGGCCAUUUCUUUGUUUACACCUCAGAGGGGAAGCGAUUCAUGAUUCCCUUGGCAUAUCUUGACAAUAAUAUCUUCAAGGAGCUCUUGAAGAUAUCAGAAGAGGAAUUCGGGUUGCCAGGUGAUGGCCCCAUCACAUUGCCCUGUGAUGCGAAAUCAAUGGAGUAUGUGCUCUCCAUGCUAAGAAGAGGAGUUUCGCAAGAAGUGGAGAGGGCCUUACUUAGCUCCAUUUUCAUCUCUUGCCAAUCAACAUGCGCUACAUUCUCCAUUGAGCAUUAUCAACAAUUCGCAGUUUGUAGUUUUUGAGUACUUGUAAUAUGCCAAACAUUCACUUGUAUAUUGUCA